ACUCGGAGUCAAGCAGCGGGCAACAGGUGGUUGCAAGCAGUCAGCAGCUGCAAUCCAAACAAGAAACAAUGGUGUCAGACAGUGGCCAUAAUUUGCAAUACGGCGAUAAAAACCAUGAAAAUGAAGAAGAAGAAUUUCCGAGGUACACAACCAAAGAACUGAGGGCUCACUUUGAAAGAACCAUAGAGGAAGCAGCGCCGCACAAACCAAUGAAGACUGGACGUGACAGCAAUCGGUCAAAGGGGUCCUCCCAUGUGACCCAGACCAACACAGUGACUAAUGAGGUGCACCAAGAGUCAGGAGUCAAAGCGGCGGACGACACACCCGACGCCGAGAUAGACGACGAGGACUUUCCGCCGCCGCCGCCGCCAGCCAUUGACGACUUUGAUUACCUUCCGCCGCCACCGCCGGAUUUACUCCAAAUUUCGCCGGGGACUGAAAAUAUUCCUGUCACUCAAUACUCGUCUGAGGAUCCGCAAGGAUCAGUGAACUCGGCCAAACACCUUCUCAGCAAAGAGGCUUACAUCAAACAGAGGAGCAUGUCUGAGCUGAAACGUCUGUACAAGCACAUACAUCCCGGCGUGAGGAAAAAUAUUGAAGAGGAGUUCUACAAUGAAUACAACGGGACGGUAAACAACCAGCAUGUCAGUCAGGCGUACGUGUACAAGGACGAAGCGGACGAGGAAUACGAAUGGGAAGAGAUUCUACCGGGAGAUGUGCAGGCCAGGCGGUGGAUGUUUGAAAAUAAGCCACUCGAUGCCAUCAAGGAUGAAUCUCUGGACGGGAAUGAAGACAAUAACAAGAUCACAGAGAAAGAGAUGAUUCUCGGAAUGGACGUGAGGCGCACGGCGUGGAUGUUCGAGACAAGGCCGAUGGAUGAACUGGGGCCGCGCGAGGCCGACUCGAUGGAGUAUCGGAACAAGGUCAACGAGUUGCACAAGGGAGACGUCCGAGCUGCGGCGUGGUUGUUUGAGACCCAAACGAUGGACAGUUUGAAUAAGCUGCACAACGAAGAGGAGCUCACCAAAGAGGUGGUAUUUACGGAAGAGGACGGGAACGCCACCAUUUACAUGAUUGACACAAAGUACACGCAAGGCCUCGGACACACCGAGACGAUCGAUGAGAGCCAUCUGCUGAGCUUAAGAUCGGUCGUGGAAGAAAUCAAUGAUGAGGAGAAAACCGUAACGAGCACCUUUGACACCCGGUUUGAAUGCUUCAUCAUGGGGCAAUGCGGUCAGAUGCUGGAGAUUAAAUCUGUGCGCAAAGUUGAAACGGAGCUGGAGAGCUCCAUCGCGUCACGUUGGCUUUUUGAUACGCAGCCGCUCGAUGCGAACAAACCUCUUUCGUCUUUUAAGCUGGUGUGUAGUCUCUCCAUGGAAGACACGAACAGAGCGGACUGGGGCCGAUGGUUGUUUGAGAUCAAGACUUUGAAUUCCCUUUCUGAGUUGGAAAGCUCAAAAACCGAGGAGGUAGCGGGGGCGGAUGUACGCAAACAGCGCUUAGUGUUUGAAACCCGACCGACUUACUCUCUGAAGGAUUCAAAUGCCACAACGCAGACCGUUAAUGAAAUCGUCGGGGGUGAUGUUAGAUCGGCAAGAAACUUCUUUGAAAGCAGCCCUCAAACAGAGAGGAAGAACUGCCCCGAGGUUGGAAAACUUAAAACGGCGCCGCUGAACCAAGAAAUAAAAGGUGACGUGAGACAUCAAAAGUGGCGCUUUGAGAGUCAACCUCUGGAGCACAUACGUGACGAGAAGAAAGAGAUAAUUCGCACGGUAAACAUCGAGGAGGACCUCACACAGGAGGAUGGAACAAGUUGCAGAGCAGAUGUUCGUAGGAACUGCUGGAUGUUUGAGACUCAGCCGAUGGACGUCUUAAAAGAUGACUCCAAUAGCCGGCCCUUGACGAAAGAGGAAAUUAUUGCCGGCAGUGUGCAAUCCGCCAGACAGUACUUUGAAAGCGUCCCAACCGAGGAGCCGAAGGAGCUUGCAGAA